AUGUCUAGCAGGCCAAUUGGAACUUCAAUGCUGGCCAACUUGACACAAUUGCGUCAUAUCCAACAAGCGACACGGACAAGUGUAUCUCAUACCGCAAAAUCUUCGAGAAACGUCGCUUCAAUCAAGGGGACAGUGCGUCAAUCACAAAAAGGGCAGGCGGUUCAUAGCUGGAACCGCCCAUUCUCGCCACGUUCAUUCUCUACCCCGACCAAACAUCUAAUCCCACGUCAAGUCACAUACAGCACUGCAUCCACUAUAUCUACCGAGCCUGUGAUUCAUGAUGUCUUUGAACCCACAUCUGGAACAUGGCAGUAUCUCAUCGCAGAUCCGUCGACAUCAACAGCCGUCAUCAUCGACCCAGUCCUGAACUAUGACCCAGCUACUCAGGCCGUGACUACUCACGCAGCCGAUUCCUUGCUCUCUCUUAUCAAGGGAAAGGGCUAUAAGAUUGAUAAGAUUCUCGAAACGCACGCUCAUGCGGAUCAUUUGACUGCAUCGUCUUACCUUCAAAAACGUCUUGCCCAGGAUCAAAAUCAUAAGCCCCCCAUUUGCAUUGGUAAGCGUAUUGAAAAAGUACAAAGAUUGUUCGCCGAAAGAUAUGGCGUUCCACCAGUGGAAUAUGAAGGCAUUUUUGACGUACUUUUCGACGACGAUGAGACCUUCACUAUUGGGAACCUGAGAGGAAAGGCUAUUCAUUUACCUGGCCACACACCGGAUCAUCUUGGUUACAUGGUUGGAGAUAAUCUAUUCUGCGGUGAUUCUCUUUUCCAUGUGGACAUCGGCACUGCACGCUGUGACUUCCCCGGCGGCGAUGCCAACGACCUCUUUCGAUCGGGCCGCAAGCUUCUGAGCCUCCCAGACCACUUCAAGAUUUGGACAGGUCAUGAUUAUCCACCAGAGGGACGCACCGACCCCGUUCCUUGGGUGAGUGUCCAGGAUCACAAGAAGCUGAAUAAACAUCUGAAAGAUGGUAUCAGCGAAGAAGAGUUUGUGACUUUGCGAAAGGAACGUGAUGCAGGACUGGCAGCGCCCAGGCUGCUUCACCAAUCUUUGCAGAUUAACAUUCGAGCGGGACGGCUUCCUUCGCCAACGAAUUUCGGUUAUCGGUUGCUUCACCUUCCAUUGAAGCUCACUGGGGAAGCAUGGUAG